UGCAACCGAAGUAAAACUUCAAGCUGUCACUGGCCAGGUUCGAGUAGCCAAUAGUUGGAAAGUGUUUUACUUACUCAAAUAAACUUGUGCUUCUCAUCAAACAAUUACGAAAUCAAGGGCAUGAGGUAUAUGUCACUACUUUUUAGAGGACUUCGCACUGUACCAAGAAAAACACCAAUUACAGGGUGCUUCGUUGUAGGAGGAAGUCUGCUAGCUUCUUUCACCGUUUAUACAAACAAGGAACGUUUGACCAGAAUACCAUAUUUAACUGCUGCAUGUGCUACUAGAAUUGCUCCUCAAGGAUCAGUUGUUAGUGAAACGAAGUCUCAUGCUCUCUUUCUGACCAUUCACCUUAAUCCUGAAGCAUCACCACAGGAUUGCUUGAAGUCUAUCGGACGAAUCAAGAAAUAUGUUGAUACAAUUUGUCCACCGGAUUCACGUGGAGAAGAAGAUGAAAUUUUAUAUGGUGUUGGUUUCGGUAUGGGAUUUCUUCAAAAAAUCAAUCCAGAUUAUCAAUCACGUGGUAUACAUAAUUAUGAAUAUCGUGAAAGAUCAGGCAAUCUUGGUAAAUUACCUAAAACAGGCGGUGAUAUAUUUAUUCAUGCCAAAUGUCAUGAAUAUGGCAAAUUGUUUGAAUUAACACAAGCGAUUAUUAAUAAUUUACCACAAGGUUCAAUAGCAAAAUUUGAAGAUAUCUAUGGAUGGGUUUAUCGUAGUGGACGAGAUUUAAGUGGUUUUAUUGAUGGCACAGAGAAUCCAGCGGAUCCAGACGAACGUGCUGAAGUGGCAAUCAAUCCGAAAACUGGUGGAAGUUAUGCUGUUGUUCAAAAAUGGAUACACAAUAUGAAUGUGAUUCAAUCAACCAAUGGUAAGAAUAACUGUUGA